GCCGCUCGGUCUCUUUCCGCCGCCAUCUUGGGCCCUGCUCCCCGCACAAAAUGCCCGGUGAAGCUACAGAAACCGUUCCGGCCACGGAGCAGGAGCUGCCGCAGCCGCAGGCUGAGACAGCUCCAGCUGCCCUUCCUCCCGCAGCCCCUGUUACUGCUCCUCCUGUCCCAGUGCCAGCUGUUCUUCAUGCUGCUCAUUCCCCACCUCUGACUCCAUCUCUAGGCCCAGCAGAGCCACCCAGCCCUGCCGUGGCUCUGCCUGCCCCUGCUGGCCCCCCGGCCCCUGUUUCCCCCCCUGUGGUCCCAGCUGCAGCAAUCCCCGUGUUUUCUGUUCCCCCCCAGCUCCCUGCCCCAGCCCUGCAGGUCCCAGUUACCACUUCGCCUCCUCCAGCUCCGCAGUCCCCAAUGGGUUUUGCAGCCCCAGGAUCUCCAGGGCCUGCCCCAGUUAGCCCGGUGUCUCUGGGACUCCCGCCCCCAGUGUCUCCUGCUCUGGCUGCUGCUCCUGCUGCAGUGACAGUGGCCCCCCUCUCCCCCACUGUGAGCCCUGGUUCUCCCCCCGCAGCUCUCACCUCUCCUGUGAAAGCUGCCCCCUCUGCCGCCCCUUUGAGCCCUGCGGGAGCUGCAGCCCAGGCCCCCUUCCCUGCCUCCGUGGCAGCCUCAGCAGCCCCUGCUUCCCACAGCCCUGGGGCAGCCCCAGCUGCUCUCCCACUGACCCCUUCCUUUCCCCUUGUGGCAUCUCCCCCACCGGUGGUCCCCACUCUACUGCCUGCUCCCACUGCACUUCCCAAGGCCACAGCUUGUCCCCAGAGCCCAGGCUCUCCCCCUCUUCCAGCGGCAGCCCCUCUCUGUCCUGCCAUGGCACCAGAAGCGGCUGCCCCAGCAGUACCGGUAUCUCCUGGUAGCCCUGCCUCUGCCCCACUGGCUUCUGCUUCAGCCUCUGCCAGAGCCCCAGCCCCUGACUCUCCCCUGCCCCCCCUUGCUCCUCCCCAAUGCCCAGCCCUGGCCAGUGCCAUCUCUCCCUCUGUCUUCCUGACUGCCCCCAUGGCCCUGGCCCCGUUGUCACCCCCUGCCUCUCUGGUGCCAGCUGGGAUGUCUCCUGGGAGUCCUGCUGCUGCCCCACAGGGCCCAGCCCCUGGUGCUCCAGUCUCUCCACUGGUUCCAGUUGCUCCUUCUGUUCCGAGGACCUGUCCCAUAGGCCCUGCCCCGAUAGCCCCGGCUGCUACCCCUGUGGCUCCAGCUGUGGGAGACCCUGUCCCUCCCUCCAUGGCCAAGACACCUCCCAGGAGCCCCAACCCUCGGGCAGUGCCUGCCGCUGUGGCAGCUCCCAUCACUCCUGCCCUGUCCAAACCCUCUCCGGGAGCUGCCCCGUCUCCCCAAGGACCACCGACAGCAGAAGCUCCCAGUGCUGCACCAGCAGUGGCCAUGGCUGCUGUGGCCAAAACAGCUCCAGUGAGCCCCGUCCCCCCACCGGCAGCUCCUGUGCCUGCUGCCCAAACAGCCCUUGCCAGCUCCCCGCCUGUCACAUCAGCGGUGGCAGCUCCAGCUGCCCCUCCUGCUGCCAAAGCGGCACCUGUGAGCCCAGUCACUGCCCCAACUUCUCCCUCUGCCACACCAGCUCCUGCAGCUCCACCAGCUCCAGCUGCCCCUCCUGCAGCCAAAGUGGCUCCUGUGAGCUCCAUCUCUGCCCCCUCGGCCCCUGGCAGCUCCCCGCCUGUCACACCAGCAGUGGCGGCUCUGGCUGCCCCUCCUGCGGCCAAAGUGGCUCCCGUGAGCCUGAGCGCUGCCCCAUCUGCUGCCUCUGCCCCUGCCACAUCAGCUCCUGCAGCUCCGCCAGCUCCAGCUGCCCCUCCUGCAGCCAAAUCGCCUCCCGUGAGUCCCGUCAUUGCCCCCUCUGCCCCCGCCAGCUCCCUGCCUGUCACACCAGCGAUGGCAGCUUUGGCAGCUCCAGCCACCCCUCCUGUGGCCAAAGCAGCUCCCGUGAGCCUGGUCACUGCCCCAUCUGCUCCCUCUGCCCCUGCCGUGCCAGCAAUAGCAGCUCCGGCUGCCCCUCCUGCAGCCAAAGCGGCUCCCAAGAGCCCUGUUGCUGCUCCCUCUGCCCCAGCCACACCAGCUCCAGUUGCCCCCACUGCAGCCAAAAAGCCUCCGAAGAGCAGCCCUGUCGCUGCCCCGUCUGCUCCGGCUGCCCCUGCUGCUCCAGUGCCGGCAGCUCCGCCAGCUCCAGCCGUUCCUCCUGCAGCCAAAGCACCUCCCAAGAGCCCUGUUGCAGCCACACCAGCUCCUGCAGCUCUGCCAGCUCCAGCUGCCCCCCCGGCAGCCCCAGCACCUGGCAUGCCAGCUCCCGCUCCAGGCACGGCUGCCCCAGCCGCGGGGGUUCCUGGUGCCCCCCUGAAGCCGUUGGCCAAUCGUGCCACCCCUGCUCCCCAGAAACCAGAAGCCAGCCUUCCUGGCUCUGCCCUGGCGGGUAACCUCCCCCCGCCUGCCUCUUCUGCGCCAAGCGUUCCCCCCGCGAAGAAGCAGACCCCUCCCAGUAAGGUCUCCAAACUGGCCCCGCGCCCACCCCCAUCCAAACCCACCUCGAAGGCUCCGGCCCUCGUCAGCGCCACCAUCGACGACGACGACUUGCCACCUCUGAUCCCCCCAGAGCUGCCCGCUGCCGAGCCGCCGGUGCAGCCCAUCCUGGUGGACCUCUCUCCCCGAGCAGCCGUGGCCCCCGCUGAGGCCCCUGCUCCUCCAGCUAAGCAGCCUGUCCUGAAGAAUGACAAGGGGUCCGGAACAGAGUCUGACAGUGAUGAAUCCGUACCAGAGCUUGAAGAGCAAGACUCCACACAGGCCACAACACAGCAGGCACAGCUUGCAGCAGCAGCUGAAAUAGAUGAAGAACCCGUUAGCAAAGCAAAACAGAGCCGGAGCGAAAAGAAAGCACGGAAGGCAAUGUCUAAACUGGGCCUUCGCCAGGUGACAGGAGUAACCAGAGUCACCAUCCGGAAAUCUAAGAACAUCCUCUUCGUCAUCACAAAGCCAGACGUGUAUAAGAGCCCAGCGUCAGACACCUACAUAGUCUUUGGCGAAGCAAAGAUCGAAGACCUGUCCCAGCAGGCCCAGCUGGCAGCUGCCGAAAAGUUCAAAGUUCAAGGAGAAGCUGUUUCAAACAUCCAAGAAAACACACAGACCCCCACCGUGCAGGAGGAGAGUGAGGAAGAAGAGGUUGACGAAACCGGCGUCGAGGUGAAAGACAUUGAGCUGGUGAUGUCCCAGGCGAACGUGUCCCGAGCGAAGGCAGUCCGUGCCCUGAAGAACAACAGUAACGAUAUUGUAAAUGCUAUAAUGGAGUUGACGAUGUAGCUGCCAGAGGGAGGAGCCUUUUUUGGUGUUUCAGAGAAGAGUAAAAUGCAACUAAAUUUAAAAUUUGUACUAUUUCUAUCAAUUAAUAAAAGUUGUGGCUUAUUGUUGGUGAAACA